AUGGAUCAGCUCAAAGGUGCCUUGAACAGCUUCACCGGAGGUGACAACCAACAACAAGGUCAAGGUCAAGGUCAAGGACAGCAACAGGGUCAGAACCAAGGAAAUGGAGGAUUUCUAGGUGGUAUCGGUGACAAGAUCAACACUGCAGCUGGUGGUGGCCGAGAAUCCGAGAAGAAGGAGGAUGGACUUGACAAGGGGAUCGACUUUGUUCAAGAGAGAUUCCUGGGACAAGGACCACAAGACAAUGAGAGUGCUCUUGAACAAGCAAAGGAUGACCAGAUUGCCAACUUUAUCCGAACGCAGUACAAAUCGACCACCGGUAACGACUUUCCUAUCAAGGACCAAAAAUGA